UCGAGUCGUCAUUAAAAAAAAUAAUAAUAAAAAAAAAACGUUGACGGAAACAUGACGGAGGCGUAGAAAGGAAAAAGAAACCCACCGCACCGGCGAAGAUAGAAGUGAAUUGACCAAAAUAGGACGAGGCCCAAAAAUAUUGACCCCUAUAAAUGGAGCCUCUAGAAAGGGCAAAGUGAGACGGGAAGGGAGAUCCUUCUUGUUGGAGCAAGAAACAAGAAGACGACACAGGAAGAAGAAGAAGAAGAAAAGAGCGGGAGGACUUUCUUCUUCUCUCCUCCGCUCUCUCUCCUUUCGUGAUUAUUAUUAUUAAUAAUAUAUAUAUUUUUAAAUUAUUUAUUAACAGUAGUAAUCAGAGAAGAUGGAGUCGGAAGGUCUUCCCAUACCCUCCGUUUCCUCAUCUCCACCGCCGGUGGCUUCCGAUGAUCAUCCCGAUGUUUCUCCAACUGGAUCUCCCGACCUCUCCGACCAUGACCAUCAGCCGCAGCCACCGGCACCCCUGUCUUCUGAUCAACCUCCUACCAUACUUACUGAUGACCUACGCGACAAGAUCAUCAAGCAGGCAUCCUCCUUUCUUUCUUUUUUUUAUUAGUUGUAAUUGGACAGUUGACCUAGUUCGCUUCCGAGAUCUCGUGAUUUUUCUUCGACCUUAGUGGGAAGUUUUGUUAUUUGGGGGUUUUUACUUGAAGUGGGAUUAAGGAUGCGGACUGUGUGGAAUUCCAUUAAGUAAUGUAGAGUUUAAACUGAAUUCAAUUCUUGUAGUGCUAUUGUAUCUAGUUAAUACUUGUUGAAUUUAGCUUAAGUUCGCUUGAAGAGCUUGUGUGUGAAUGUUCUGAGCUUGAGUGUGAAAACGUAUCCCCUCAGUGAAUAUUAUUGCCAGCAAAAGUUAUAAUGUUUAAUUAUUCCUAGUUUAAAUUUACUGCUCUCUGGUGCAUUUGUGUAUGUAUUGAUUCUAAUAUUGUAUGCCACAAUUGCUUGGAGCAUUAGUAGAGCUUUGAUGCACUGUUUCUUAUUGUCUCUUUUUCCCUUCGCACAAUUUUUAGGUUGAGUACUACUUCAGUGAUGAGAAUUUGCCAUCAGACAAGUAUUUAAUGAAGUACGUGGGUAAAGGAGGCUAUGGUGAGUAAUUGCGUUCUGUGAUGAACAUUUAGUUAUCAUUUUAGCUUGAAGCACUGUAUCUGGUGAUAUCCACGGUUACUGUGUCAAAACACAUUUGUCAGUUGAGUAGGUUGGACUUCGGAUACUUCUUUUAGCAUUUGAUUGCAAUCUCCUUGAACUAAGAUAUGGGAAAAUUGUCUUCAGAACUGGUUGGUUAGAUAUCUCUUUCUGGAGAUUGUUCUCGAUAUUUUGGAUGUGAGAAAAGAGUUGCAUCCAUGGAUUCCUGAAAUGUUGAAUACCCAUUAGAAAUGUCAUAGGUGUGUAUUCUUGACAACAUAACAAUGAAGAAGUUUCAUAACCAGCCAUUCAUGGUUAAAAUGCUACAGAGCCCAGAGUGAAGGUGAUGAACUAUAGCAGGUACUUGUGACUAGUCUGCCAGCCUUUGAUGUCUCCUGGUAUGGCUCAUUUAGCGGUGCCGAACAUCUGGCUAUGGCGUGAAUGAUCGUAAUCAACUGCUCCUGAUUCACUCUCUACUCGAAUAAGACUUGGUCUUUGCACCCAUAUCCACACGUCAUAUAGUGGCUCUUAGCUGCACUAGUGCUACACGUUUAUUCGCUCAAACUAGAAUUAUCAUCUCUUUCUUGUGUAAGUUAUGAAGUUCUAUAGUGGGAGCUAAGAUUGAGUGAUAGAUAUAUACCAAUGCCCCAAAUACUUAGUAGAAGAUGCUUUCCCCAGUGAUCUAACAUGUUCAUGGUAAGACCUCCAGUAGGUACGCCUAAAAGUUGUACUGCAUGUGCUAUAGGAAUAUAGCUGAACGCACAGUAUAAAGGCUAAGUUGUUGCACGUGGUGUAGGAAUAGGUAGAUCCACACCUUUUGAUGAACUGAUAUGAGCAACUAAUUGCUUCUGAUGAAUGCUUGCUGUACUUGUCCUGGAAAAGAUUGAUAUCUGACUGUUCUCAUUUCUGAGAAAUGAAAUAAAAGUAACAAUAAAAGUUGGUCUUGAUACACGGCAGUUUGUCUAUUGGUGGUUGUGUGACAUUUAACUGAAAUCCCUUUUGGUUUUGGAUUUCACUUUACAAAGUUGUGUGCAUUUUUUAUUCCAGUCAUUUGUGAUUUGUUUUGGUUUACAUUUACUGUGUCAUGAUUCAUGAAUGCACAUGUAAGAACAAUUUGUUCUCGUCCAAUAGUUUCUUUUGGGAUAUCUAAUGUGGCACUAUAUUGCAGUUCCUAUUGGCGUUGUUGCUUCUUUCAGAAAAAUGAAGAAGCUUACUAAAGACGUAUCAUUGAUAGCGACCGCCCUGCGGGAAUCUUCUCUUCUUGUUGUGAGUCCAAAUGGCAAGAAGGUUAAGCGGCUUCACCCACUUCCUCCAACUGAGGUCAAGGAUCCAAUGCUUUGCACUGUCGUGGUGGAAAAUUUGCCAAAUGACCACUCUGUGGAGAAUCUUCAGCGAAUAUUUGGUGAAGCUGGAAAAAUACAGAAGAUUGUCAUUCGCGACCCACAUGAUGCUAGGGAUUCCAGAAAAUUAACCACCACCGAGAAGCUGCUUACUACCAAGCUGCAUGCUCUUGUGGAAUAUGAUACUGUGGAGGCUGCUGAGAGAGCUGUCUCAAGCUUGAAUAAUGAGCAGGAUUGGCGAUAUGGUCUUCGAGUUAAACUUUUAAAGAAGAAGACCAAAACAGAAGGCAAAGCUGAAGGCAAAACAGAAACAAGGAAAAAAGUAUGGCAGGAAGUAGAUGAUGAUAAGAAUAGCACUGGCCAAGCUACUAAUUCAGUAGUAGAGGAGGAGAAUCACUGUUCAAGUGAUCAUCACGAUGAUUCUCAUGAUGAAGAGGAGGGACACUUGCAGAAAGAAAGGACUGGGGAAAACCCUCAGAAGGACAAAACUGGGGAGCAUCAGCAGAAGGAGCAUAAUGGGCAGAGAAACAGAAAUCGAGGGCGUGGAAGGAGACAGAAAUAUAAUGGCACCAAUGGACAUGGUCACGGCCAUGGAACUCCUCCGAACAGUCAUCACAUUGGACAUGGCCAUGGAACGCCUCCCAACAGUCAUCAUAUUGGACACGGCCAUGGAACGCCUCCCAACAGUCAUCAUUUUGAACCCUCGAAACCACCACCGGGUCCUAAGAUGCCAGAUGGAACCAGAGGAUUUACACUUGGGCGGGGCCGACCACUGCAGUCCAACCAAAGCUAG